AUGUCGCUUGUCACGCCAUACAAGAAGGUGCAGCGCCUGGUGCGGCGCAUCCUUGCGCCUGAUCUAUCUGUGAGGCUGGGAGUCGAGAAUCCUGAUUUUCUCGGGAUGCUCGCAGAUCGCCGCUGUGAUGGGCAGUCAGACAUGAAGGAGAAAGGCAGAGGAGAUGUCAGCCAUGGGUCCAGGGUCAGGUCGCAGUUCUCAGGCAGCAGCGUCCUCAUCACUGGAUGCUCGGGAUUUCUUGGCAAGGCUCUUCUCGAGAAGAUCCUCCGAUGCUGCCCAGAGGUAGAGACGGUGUACGUGUUGCUGCGGUCAAACACCAAGAACGGCAGCGCCGCCCAGCGACGUUUGCAGGAGGAGAUUUUUCCUUCCUCUUGUUUCAACCAGCUCCGUCGUGUCAGGCCAGAAUCUCUGAGCAAGUGCAGGGCCGUGCAGGGCGACGUCUGCCUGCCAAGGUUUGGCAUGUCGGAGGAGGACUUCAUGCUGGUGAAGGAGCAUGUCAACUAUGUGUUCCAUUGCGCUGCUACCAUCAACUUCAACGAGCACCUCAAGACUGCCUUCAAGAUCAACGUGGACAGUAUGAUCCACCUCGUUGAUAUCUGCAAGAGCAUCAAGAAGCUAGAGGCCCUGAUCCACGUCUCCACUGCCUACGUCAAUGCACCGGUCAGAGCCAACCACGUCAUACCGGAAGAGUUCAGGUCGGUACCUGCGGAUUACUGGCAGCUCAAGUCGCGGGUGGACAAGAUGUCGAGAGAGGAAGUCAGCGCGAUGACGGAGGAAAUCCUCGAAUCCUCCGGGCACUGGCCCAACUCCUACUGCCUGACCAAGUGUAUCGGAGAGCUGGUCCUACGUGAUCUUGGCGAGAGCCUCCCCUACCUGAUCGUAAGGCCGACCAUCGUCACCUGUGCGUACAAGGAGCCUGAGCCAGGGUGGAUUGAUACUCUUGUGGGGCCCACGGGGCUGGUCUUGGCAGUUGCAGGCCGAUCUUCUCUCAAGAUAGUCAACAUCGGCAGCUCAGGAAGGAAUCCCAUCCCUUGGAAGUUCAUGCUCGAAGCCAUGCCCGGCUACUACCACAGACACCCGACUGACAAGAGCCGAGGACCCAUCUUCUUCAGGAGCUCGACGGUCUACCGGCUGCUGGACUUGUUGCUGCAUCAGCUCCCAGCGGUGGCGCAUGACGUUGUUUCAAGGCUCAAGGGGGGCAAGGCAGAUGCGGCGAGGACGAUGAAGAAGAUCAAGGACGCCCUUGGUGUGCUCAAGUACUUCACCAUGAACGAGUGGUUUUUCGAGUCGGAGAACAUGUACACGGUCCUGAAGGCCAUGUCUUGGGAGGAUAUGUACUUCUUCGACUUCGACGUCAGGAGUAUCAUUUGGGAUGUUUACUUCACCAUUUGGUCUCAUGGCAUGAAGGUCUUUCUGCUCAAAGAAGGGCCAGUUUACUAUGAUACAUCGAAACGAUCAAGACUGUAG